AUGCCGUCCAAGCAAGUCUUCGAGGCGAAGGAUGGAGCCACCUACACCACCUCCAACGGUCGUCCCGUCGACGAACCGUACGCCGCCGAGCGCAUUGGUCUGACCGGUCCCCUGCUCCUUCAAGACUUCCACCACAUCGACCUGCUCGCUCACUUCGACCGCGAGCGUAUCCCCGAGCGUGUCGUGCAUGCCAAGGGUGCCGGUGCCCACGGCUACUUUGAAGUCACCCACGAUAUCAGUGACUUGUCCUGCGCCAAGCUCUUCAGCAAGGUUGGCAACCGCGCCAAGGCCACCGUCCGCUUCUCCACUGUCGGCGGCGAGAGCGGUUCUGCGGACACGGCUCGCGAUCCUCGCGGCUUCGCCGUCAAGUUGAGGACCGAAGAGGGUAACUGGGACUGGGUGUUCAACAACACUCCCGUUUUCUUCAUCAGGGACCCGGCCAAGUUCCCUCACUUCAUUCACACCCAAAAGAGGGACCCCCAGACGCACUUGAAGGAUGCCGACAUGUUCUGGGACUAUCUCUCCCAAAACCCGGAGUCCAUUCAUCAGGUGAUGAUCCUCUUCUCGGACCGUGGAACCCCAGACGGCUACCACAACAUGCACGGCUACUCUGGACACACCUUCAAGUUCGUCAAUGAAAAAGGCGAAUGGCACUACGUUCAGAUCCACCUGAUCAAGGAGGGCGGCUUCAAGACCUUUGAUAACGAGAAGGCGGGAAAGCUGGCAGGAGAUAACCCAGACUACGGCAUCGAGAGUCUGUUCAAUGCGAUCGAGUCCGGCAACCACCCGACCUGGAACGUCUUCGUCCAAACGAUGACGCCAGAACAGGCUGAGAAGUUCCGGUACAGCGUUCUGGACCUGACCAAGGUCUGGCCGCACUCGGAGUUCCCCAUGCGUCCCGUUGGCAAGUUCGUGUUGAACGAGAACCCGCAGAAUUACUUCGCGGAGGUCGAACAGGUCGCCUUCUCGCCUUCCCAUAUCAUCCCGGGCGUCGAACCCUCCGCCGACCCCGUCCUGCAAUCUCGCUUCUUCUCGUAUCCUGACACUCACAGGCACCGUCUCGGCACGAACUACCAACAGCUCCCGGUUAACAGGCCGACGUGCCCCAUCGCCAACUUCCAGCGCGAUGGCGCGAUGGCGUUCGACAACCAGGGCGCGCGCCCCAACUACCAGAGCUCGAUCUCUCCUCUCACGUACAAGAAGAAAGCCUACACGUCUGAGCAGCACGAGACCUGGAUCGGCAAGUCGUACGCGGACUUGAGCUACGUCACCGAGCUCGACUUUGAGCAGCCUCGGGCCCUCUAUCAAAAGGUCAUGAACGACGUCGACAGGGACCACCUCGUCCACAACAUCGCCGUUCACCUCGGCAAUGCCAAGUCCAAGGAGGUUAUUGCCCGACAGCUUUCCGUCUUCGCUGCCGUCGAUCAGAGCCUGAGUGACCGCAUCGCGAGCGCGAUCAACGCCGAGAAGGUCAAGCCUCUUCAGGUGCGCCCAGCUUCCGAGGCCGUGCGUUUCCGCACGAACAUUGGCCCCGCUUGA